GUUGACUAGAUCAUCAGAGAGACUAGAGGUGUGUCUAUAGAUAUGGGAAGCAUCUCCCUAAAAAUGAUCACCCAUGGGAGCUAAUGAGGUCACCACAUCGGAGUACAGAGUGAAAAGAAGACUUGGGACAGAGCCUUGGGGGACACCCAGCUAGAGGAUGUGAUGUCAGUGAGGAACCAGCAAACGAGACGGAAGAGCGAUUGGACGUGGAUGAGAACCAGGAGGGAAGAGUGUCAGGAACACCUUGAAGCGCGAGUGUCCGGAGGGAGACCGUCGACAGUGCCAGAGCUGCCGCCCAGACUGGCCCAGCAAGGGGAGGGGACCUGAUUUAAAGGACCCGCUGCCGCCCUGGCUGACCGAGUCACUGCGGGCAGCCGCAGACCACCAUCAGGAAGACAAGGACACCCAUAUGUGCCCCGCAGCCCUAGGCCAAUCAUGCGCUUUGGAAGAUUGACCCCUGGCUACUUUCGGAGACUAGAGAUGCAAGUGGCUGGGGAGCUGGAGGCAGAGCCCCGGAACCAACUGAUGGGUGCCCUGGCCACACUGCUGGCUGUGUGUGGCCUAGGGCUCUCCUUCUACAGUGUCCGGCAAUUGAUGGAUCAAGGAAAGUCCCCCAAGACACCAUGAUAGGAGAUUGAGCCCUUGGAAGUCUGGGAGAGCAAGGGGCCCCAGCAUCCAUCUGACCCAAUAUCCAGAAGAACCUACCCUCCUGCCCUUGUCCCACCAGAUGGUGGUCCCAGCAGGCUGGGAGGCCAUGGGGAAGAGGGUGGGGUACAGGGAGCACCCAUGCCUGUCUAAGCUGAAUGGGAGCCUUGGAUGGAAUAAACCUGGAAAUUGCAAGGAG